CUCAUAUUUACACCUCCAUACCCUUCUUCACCAGUCCUGAAUCAACACAACGCAAGCUCAUCUUCAGUCUCUGCUUCUUCAUCAUCCUCAUCUUCACAAUCGACACAAACCAAAAAAAGCGUACGGAGAAAACAGCCAGAGAACUCGACAUCGUUGAGGAAGCAUCGGAGGUACGAAAGAUCUGCUCAUCUCGAUCACAAAGUCGACAUGUACGAGCUUCUAGCUUCAAAUCACCAGACCCAGAACGAAAAAGAGCUUUUUUCUAUUUACAAAGACAGACAAUUGUCUAUACGGUUUAUGGUUUCGCUUCUUUCCCGCGAAAAUGAUUGGCAGAGAUCACUCGCAUUGCUCGAUUGGGUUCAUGAGGAAGCUAAAUACACUCCUUCGGUUUUCGCCUACAACGUCGUUCUUCGAAACGUGUUAAGAGCUAAGCAGUUUGAUAUUGCACACGGACUGUUCGACGAAAUGCGUCGCAGAGCUCUUGCGCCUGAUAGGUUUACUUAUUCGACGCUAAUUACUUCGUUUGGGAAAGAAGGUAUGUUUGAUUCGGCUCUUUCUUGGCUUCAGAAGAUGGAGCAAGAUCGUCAACCUCAUCGAGCUUUGAGCUUUCUAGGAGGCUGUGUGAUUAAAUCUUUACUCAAGAAACCAGAGAUGAGAAGCUCUGGCUAUCUUCCGGAUUCAAACGCGAUAGCUACAGUGUUGAACGCGUACGGGAAGCAAACAGAGUUUGAGAAAGCGGAGACGGUUUACAGAGAGACGCAAGAUGAAGGAUGUAAGAAUUCAAGCUCUUCACAGACAAGUGUUGAAGAAGCUUCUGCAAGAGUAAUACUUGACAACUCAUCCAUGGAAGCAGAUAAGGUAAACUUUAGUACUGUUCUUGAUGAUGAGAUCACAAGUGGCGAUAGCAGAAACAAGAUUAUUUCAGGAGAAGCAGAUGUUGCAGAGCUUGUAGAUAUAACUCAGCGUCAUCAGUUCGAGCCUGAUAACGGUUCAGGGAAUAAAGAAAACGAAGGAUCAGAAUGUGAAAAAGGAGAAGCGAUGAAGACAGUAAGAUCGCUAAAUAGAAAGCUAGUGAGACAGAAAAAGAUGAGCAAGGAACUAUCUUUGUUCAUGAAUCUGAAAGCUUCAACAAAAACACAGACGAUGAUAGAAGGCAAAGAAGAUGACACUACCCAAAAAUCAGACGAGUGUCGAAAAACCGGUAGUAGAAGAAGAUCUAACAAAAACCAUACACACACCAAACAAGAAGAGGAGAUAGGUGCAAUCUCUAAGGUAUUGAUUGAUACCACACCUGUAAAAUUCAGUGAAGGCGAUACAGAGAAGAGCUUAGACUCGGCCUAUGAAGAAAUACCUAUAAAGACUGAAGAAGCAAAACAAGAAAAAGAUUCAGGAACUGUUGAAACCUCUGUAAAUGGGACGGAGGCUGAGCACAAUGCAACGCUUUCACUAGAAGAGAUCUCUAAGAACAGUGACAACCUUGUGAAAGAAACAGCUCCAGAAGAAGAAACCACAACAAACGGUGAAUCAGUACAUGGCUUUGAAUCUACAAAAAGAGUCCUUCUUGAAGCGGAGAAUGAAGAAGAAAGAGAAGAGAUGAAAACAGAAACAGAAACAGAACCGAUGGGGGAUUCGAAAGAGAAAGAGGGAACGAAGACGCGUCUGCUUCAAGAACUAAAGCGUCCUAAUAACUUCCCGAUUCUUGCGAAAGCCGGGAGAGUCGAAGAGGCCACAUGGGUUUUCCGGCAAGCUUUUGAUUCAGGGAAGAGGUACGCGAAUGUCAUUGAAGUGUUUGAGAAGAUGAGAAGCUCUGGCUAUUUUCCUGAUUCAAACGCGAUAGCUACAGUGUUGAACGCGUACGGGAAGCAAAGAGAGUUUGAGAAAUCGGAUACGGUUUACAGAGAGAUGCAAGAGGAAGGAUGUGUUUUCCCUGAAGAAGUUCACUUUCAGAUGCUGAGUUUAUACUCUUCGAAGAAAGAUUUUGAGAUGGUUGAAUCUUUGUUUGAGAGAUUGGAAUCUGAUGCUUUGAUGUUU